UUUGCUCAGACGAUCCCUUAGCCAUUGGCUCCCUGCUCUUGUUCGUCCCCUAUCUCACUCACCAUGCCAGAAACGCAGACAACCAUCGCACCUCACUCGCUCAAGCCCGUUGUCACACGUCAAUACCCCGGCGCGGCAGAUAUAGAUGCUGCCAUCGAGGCGUCUUUUCGUGUCCAGAAGGUUUGGCGUAAGGUGCCAUUGGAAGAUCGCAUCGGUAUUGGGAGGAGGUUCAUGACGGAAUUCGAGGCUCAAAAAGAUCGAAUUGCUCAAGAGCUAUCCGUGCAGAUGGGACGCCCAAUCCGCUACACCGCAGGGGAAGUACGAGGCACUCUCGAGCGUGCAGAGUAUAUGCUCUCGAUUGCAGAGGAGUGUCUAGGAGACGUAGACUUGACAGCAAGUGAUAAGCCUGGAUUUCAUCGGUACAUCAAGCGGGAACCGCUGGGCGUCGUAUUGGUUGUCGCUCCCUGGAACUAUCCAUACCUUGUGAUGAUUAACGUCGUCCUACCGGCCCUCCUAGCGGGUAAUACGGUCCUCCUGAAGCCCUCACCGCAAACGCCGCUCACCGCCGAACUCCUUGCCUCGACACUGCUCGCCGCUGGCCUUCCCACACAGGCACUUCAAGUACUGCACCUGACCCCCGGGCUCGUAACACACGCCUCCGCCCAUCCCCUCGUGAACUUCAUCUCCUUCACCGGUUCUGUCCUUGGGGGGAAAGCUGUAGAGCGGGCAGCAGUGAUGAGCAACGAGCAGAACGUAGGGGUGAAAGGUGUGGCCUUGGAGCUGGGGGGGAAGGAUCCGGCAUAUGUGCGAGAAGAUGCGGAUCUGGGGUAUGCGGUAGAGCAGCUUGUGGAUGGGGCGAUGUUCAACUCUGGCCAGAGCUGUUGCGCAAUCGAGCGCAUAUAUGUCCAUCAAACGCUCUACGACCGCUUCGUAGAGCAAUUUGUCGCUCUCUGCAGCAAGUAUGUCCUCGGCGAUCCCCUGGACCCAUCGACAACGCUAGGCCCCGUCGUAAGCGUCGCAUCCGCGUCGCGCAUACGAGCACAAGUCGCCGCUGCUGUCAAGCAAGGCGCAAGGCAGCUCGUACCCCAAGAGCCCUUCGUAAUAGCUAAAGAAGGGAGCGCGUAUGUAGCACCUAUGGUGCUGGUUGAUGUUAACCACGAAAUGGACGUAAUGAUGACCGAGACCUUCGGUCCUGUCGUCGGCAUCCAAUCAGUCUCCUCCGACGCAGAAGCGUUGAAGCUGAUGAACGACUCCCCCUACGGCCUCACAGCAUCAAUCUGGACUUCUCUUCCCGCCUCGCAAGCGGUAUUCAACAACUUUGUCGAGGAACUUGAAACGGGAACGGUAUAUGCGAAUAGGUGCGAUUAUCUCGACCCGGCAUUGGCGUGGACAGGGGUGAAGGACUCCGGAAGGGGAGUGAGUUUGAGCCGGUUUGGGUUCGACCAGUUAACGAGGGCGAAGAGUGUGAAUAUGAAGAUCGCAACGAACUAAGCCGUGGUCCGAAGAAGGCUUUGGUGUAGAAGCGAGAUUGAGUCUGGAGUUUGGCAAUGGUUUGGGUCGUUGGAUCUAACAAUCAAUGACUUGGAAUGAUAAUGUCUGGUUAGAUGAACUAAGCGACCUGGGGAUUGGCUAUUGAAGAAGAAUAUUUGG